AAAAAACAACUGACGCCGUUAGCACGACAAGAUCCUACCCGCGUGAGCAGGGACUCGUUGGCGGCUGGUACCUCAAGGCAAGAAGUUGCACGGUCCCAUAUCGAGCCAUGGCAGGCUCACUGCACAUACACGGUGCAGGGACGGUAAGCCGAUGCUGUCAUUCAUGUAAUGGAAUCUCGCACACGAUCCGACAUGGCAUCGAGAUCAAGCGCCAGUCUGACAAGGAAAUUGCUUCGAGAAUAAGGAGCUCGCGGCCGCCGAAAUGCCUGGGCCGCUUGCCGAUUGACACGGCUGUUACAUAAGCGGGGGCGAGCGCGCGCGACGCGCCAGUCCUGUAACUCUAGCACCUCGUACCUACACAAGACAAGGUAGUACGCAGGUAUGGAAACUUCCUUCUUUCUUCCCAUCCACUCUCGCAAAUCCUGUCAACAAACUCAGCCCGACGCUGCUCGCAUUUUCGUAUCCGCGUCUCGCGCAUCACAGACCAUCGUGUCGUUGGGGAAGUCGCCGGGCCAAUGGACCGUUGAUCCUUACCAGCCCCUCCCUUGCCGUUGCCCGGCGUCAUGGCAGGCUUCAACGAUGCGCCGCUGAUCCAGAACCUGGCCGUGCCCGCCGUCUGUCUGCUCAUUGCCUUCCUGAGCUACUUUUCGCAAUACAUCUUCCAUCACUCGACUCUCGAGCCCGGGCCGCCCUCGAAGAACGAAUCCCUCAUUUUCAAUACCCUUCUACUAUGCCUCUGGUAUUCCUACUUCAAGGCGGUCACGGUUGACCCCGGGCGAUACGACUUCACAGACAGGGUGAUCGAGGCGGACGGCAACUGGUGCAAGAAAUGCAAUGCUCCCAAGCCCCCCAGGGCACACCACUGUCGCCAUUGUGGCCGGUGCAUCCCCAAGAUGGACCAUCAUUGCCCGUGGACCCGAAACUGCGUGUCCAUGACAACCUUCCCGCACUUCCUUCGCUUUCUGGUAUACGCCAAUCUGUCUCUCUGGAUGCUCGGAUCGCUCCUGUGGCAGCGUUUCUUUGCUCUUUGGGAGGCUCGCCACAUGCCCGCAUAUCUUGGACCGACCAUUGAGGCCCUCAUUGGACUCGCCCUAACAUCGUUGAUAUGCUUCUUCACAAGCCUCGCGCUGGCAAUAAUGCUCAUAUCGACUCUCAAAUCGUGGAUCUUCAAUUGCACAAUGAUUGAGGGGUGGGAACUUGAGCGGCACGAGGCGGUGCUCGAGCGAGGGGGUCGCGACUGGUGGGAUAUCACAGGAGCUGACGGCGAUACGUUUCGGUUCGAAAGGGUCGAGUUUCCCUAUGACAUUGGCUUCUUCUCAAAUAUGGCUCAAGCCAUGGGCACGCCAAACGCUCUACUCUGGUUCUAUCCGCUAGCGGGCAACCCCUACGUCAGCAAGGACAGCAAAGGCAGUGGCUGGAAUUGGGAGGAGAACGGUUUCAAUCGGGUAGAAGGCAUGUGGCCUCCACCCGAUCCGGAAAAGCUCCGACGAGCAGCAAGGCCAUGGCCCGCGGCUCGAAGAGACUAUGGGGCCGAGAUGCGAGACGCGAACUUGAGCUCAGAGGAGCGGAAAAGAGCAUUUAGGGAGCGGCAGGAGCAAGACGAAAGACGAAGAAAGACGCUUCUCGCGGAAUUGGAGGAAGUGGAUGGUUUUGAUGCCAUUGGCGAUGAUGCCGACGACCUCGACGACGUAUACGAUCAGCACUCACUCGACUCCGCCGAAUGGGCGAAUUCAGACGGUGAGCGACUUCGAGACUUUGGUGUGGAUGAGGACGCAGAGAAUGCUGCCGAUCUCGGCGCGCUUAGCGAUGAUGACGUGCCUUUAGGAGAGUUGUUGCGUCGGAGAAAAGUGUACCAUAAAGGCGAUGAUAUUUUGUGAGUCCUGUUCCGAGACUCAUUUCAACUUUGAUGUUGUAGAACAGGCCUUGCUUGAGGCAUCAGGAAGACAAUCGUAGCCCCAUCAGAGACUCUGCUUGUAUCAAUUUGAGAUUCUAAGUGCCGAAUAAGAACUGCUUCUGAAAACGGCCAAUGCGAAUCGCCA